AUGUACAAUGUCAAUUUAAGACCGUGUAACAGAAUACACCUUCCAGUGGUUCUUUUCUCAUGCCAUAUUUUCUUGGGUUCCAGCAUAAGCCUCAUGAGACAGCUGAUCAGUUCCUCUAACCUAUUUGUCAUGCAAGUGGAGAUGGAUGUCUACACUGCACUCAAGAAGUGGAUGUUCCUUCAGCUGGUGCCUUCUUGGAAUGGAUCACUAAAACAACUCCUAAGUGAAGCAGAUGCUUGGUUUUCUAAGCGCAGAAAAGAGUUUGAGGAUGGCAUUUCAUUCUUGGAAACCGAACAAGGCAGUGCAUUUUGGACAGUGUUCCGGCACCUAAGGCUGCAGUACAUUGUCAGCGACCUGGCAUCUGCACGGAUUGUUGAGAGGGACAACCUGAUACCUGCAGAGUGGCUGUCCUGUGUUUACAAACAGCAAUGGUUUGCCAUGCUCAGAGCAGAACAAGACAAUGACACUGGGCCGCAAAAAAUUAACAAGGAGGAGCUCGAGGAAAACAGCAUGCGGUGCGGCAGAAAACUGGCCAAGGACGGGGACUAUUGCUGGCGAUGGACAGGCUUCACCUUUGGCUUUGACCUGCUGGUGACCUACACCAACCGCUACAUCAUCUUCAAGCGCAACACCCUGAACCAGCCCUGCAGCGGGUCGGUCAGCCUGCAGCCCCGGAGGAGAAUCGCUUUCAGGUUGCGCCUGGCCUCAUUCGACAGCAGUGGGAAGCUUAUUGGCAGCAGAACAGUGGGAUAUCAGAUUCUGACCCUUGAGAAAGAUCAGGAGCAGGUGGUGAUGAACCUGGACAGCCGGCUGCUGACCUUCCCUCUCUAUAUUUGCUGCAACUUUCUGUACACUUCUCCAGAGAAGAGGAGGGAGAAUGAGGAGUUGCCGGAAAACCCUGAAACUUGAGGCCAGUCUCCUUUGGGUCUUCCUUUCCAGACAGCUUUAAAUCCAAAGGAUGGGGAGGGGGGGAAGAGACUCCAAAGGCCCAUUUAACUCAGUGUAGCAGAGAAAAAUGAAACUCCCACGUCUCCCCCAUUUCAACAUUCCUUUGCAUAUCAAAAAGGAUUGGGAUGAGCCUCUGGAAUUCUGAAAAGUUGGGAAGACUAUAUUAGAGAACAGUUUGUCUUUCUUGCCUCUUAGAGAGAGAAUUUAACUUGAGCAAAGCUAAAUUGGACCUGUGCUUGAAAUGUGGAAAGCCUAUCUAUAAAGUCGAGGAUAUGUGUUAGCUUAAUUGUCAAAUGAUCAUUCCUCCUCCUUCAUUCCCUCCCCCCUUUUUUGUGUUACUCAUUCAGUAGGUGAACUGAAUCCCUGGUGUAACAUAUUCUGUUUUAGUUUUGAGAUGUAUAUUUUGUGAGCAGAGGAUACAUUGGAAUGUGUUGGUUUUUUUAAAAUUCGUUGUUUGGAAUGCACAGAAGCAGGACGUAAAAGCAGAGGUCGCUCAAUAUGGGGGAAGGCUCUUCAUUUGGGAUUAUAGUUUUUGCAUGCCAUUAAAAGCAUCUACCUCCUCUGCAGCGAGGUUUGCCAAGUCCUGACACUUAAAAAAGCCUGAAAACUGUAUUAGAAACAAUCGCAUUCUGUUUGCUAAGGCUCAGCCAUAUUGCGCAAAGAGCUAUUGGUGUUCUGUUCCGGAUUCCUAUUUUGGAAAGGCACAGGAGGCUUCGCAAGGUCUGGGUUCUUUGUUCCCUUCUCUGGAGAGGAAUGUUGGAAGGAAAACCUUGUAUUGGGACCAAGAUCCUUGAGAAAUGCCUUCAUAAAAGACUCAUAUCUCUCUCCAUGAUGUGUCUUGUGUGCAUGAGAAGCACACAACAUUGGCAUAUCAUUUUGCCUUCAAGUUUUGCCCAGAGCCAAAUACGAGAGGGCCUUUAAGCAUCAAUUACCUUUGGGCGUAUCUCCAUCCUGAUUCCAUUCAGGAACCCGUACACUUCCGAGUGCCUUUUUUUAGUUGCCUGCGCAUUCACCCCUUUUAAAUAUAUAUAUAUAUAUUACUUUAAAAUGUUGCUUGAGAUAAGUUGCCACACUCCCUCCAAAAAAGAUAAAUUGCAAUGUACAUAACUGUACAUAACUGUGUCUGGGGGGCUUGCUAUUCGAUUUCUACCAUUUUAUUUGUCAGCAGCCUAUUUUGUAAGAUCCAAUUCUAUACCGUUUGUAUGUCAUGUAGAUACAAUAACAUGUUAAGGCUGUGAAUAAACCCUCUGUCAAUGAGA